CGAAGCGGGCGGUCAGAAUCCGGAAGAAAAACAAGCCGGCGAGAGGGGCGAACGAGACCUGCGCUGGAGAGGCUGCUCUGGCCUCCACCGGCCGGAGCGGGGAGACCAGAGCCCGCGGCGGGGCCACCGGGUGGGGAUGAUGGCGGCUGUCAACCAGCGGAAGCCGAGCGGACCCAAACGCACUAAGCUCAGUAUACAUGUUGUGACAUGGAAUGUGGCUGCAGCAGCUCCCCCUCAAGACCUGAGUGACCUACUUCUCCUGAACAACCAGAACCUGAAUCUGGAUAUGUAUAUUAUUGGUUUGCAGGAAAUGAACUCUGGGAUCAUAAGCCUUCUUUCUGACACUGCCUUUGAAGACCCAUGGAGCAGUUUCUUCAUGGACGUACUUUCUCCUCUGAAUUUCAUCAAGAUCUCUCAUGUUCGCAUGCAGGGGCUUCUCUUACUGCUCUUUGCUAAGUAUCAACAUCUGCCGUUCAUCCAGAUCCUCUCAACAAAAUCUACUCCCACUGGCCUCUAUGGGUACUGGGGAAACAAAGGAGGAGUCAACAUCUGCCUGAAACUUUAUGGCUAUUAUGUAAGUAUCAUCAACUGUCACCUGCCUCCCCAUCUAUACAACAAUGACCAGCGGUUGGAACACUUUGACCGGAUCCUGGAGACACAGAAUUUUGAGGGAUCUGCUAUUCCCAACGUCUUGGAUCAUGACCUUAUUCUGUGGUUUGGAGACAUGAACUUUCGGAUUGAGGACUUUGGCUUGCACUUUGUCCGGGAAUCCAUAACAAAUAAGAACUUCAGCCAGCUGUGGGAGAAGGAUCAGCUUAGAAUUGCCAAGAGAGAUGACCCACUGCUCCGAGAGUUCCAGGAGGGUCCCCUGCUCUUCCCACCCACCUACAAGUUUGAUAAGAAGUCCAACAACUAUGAUACCAGUGAGAAAAAACGCAAGCCUGCAUGGACCGACCGCAUCCUAUGGAGAUUGAAGCGGCAGCCCUAUACCAAGCCCCUCACCCCUUGUCUUCCAACCCCCUACUUCUUCCUGUCUUUGAAGAGCUACGUCAGCCACAUGAUGUACAGCAUCAGUGACCAUAAACCUGUUACCAGCACCUUUGACUUGGAGUUGAAUCCACUGAUGUCUGUUCCACUGAUAACCAUGAUGCCUGAGAGCCUGUGGACCAUGGAAAAUGACAUGUUGAUCAGCUACUCCUCCUCCCCAGACUUCCUCAGCAGCUGCUGGGACUGGAUUGGACUAUACAAGGUGGGAAUGCGCCACAUUUAUGACUAUGUGUCCUAUGUCUGGGCUGGGGACAACCAGGUCUCCAUGAGCGACAACCUGAAUCAGGUAUACAUCAACAUCAACGAUAUCCCUAAGACUGAGGAUGAGUUUCUCCUCUGUUACUACAGUAACAGUAGGAACUCUGUAGUGGGAAUAAGCAAACCCUUCAAGAUCCCGCUUCGCUUCUUUCUGAAGGACAAUUCACUGGAUGAGGAUGAACCACGAAUCUAAGCUGGACUAGGAAUGAGUGAAGCCAGGGUGGAGGCUAGAACUGGCAGCCUACUCUGCUUGAACUGCUGCCAGGAUUACUAGGAGCCCAGCCGGGCCCUGCCCCUGAGGAAGGAGCCAAGUAACCUACACUUCCAGGGGGAGCUCAGCCAGACUCCCUUUGCUUUCUCUAGGCCAGAUCUCUGAAAUUGGCACUCAAAUACAGGUUUUUGUUGCUGA